UGCGACACCGUAUACCGUAUACCGUCUACCGACCAUUCGCCAUCUUCCCUAGUCAUGAAAUUUUACAAGUCUGCGGGGUAUAGAAUGAGAAGGGCCAAGAUUGUGGGGACCGCAAUUUGUGAUGCAAUGGAAAAUCGGUGACUGAGAACUGAGAUUGAUCUAAUUCCUCUGAUUUCCUGAAGUCAGUUUGAGUUUGAGAGGCUCACUUGCUGCGUAAAAACGUCAAGUGCAUUGCUUCUAGACGUUGACAACUGCACGCUCUUGCCGGUCAGGAAGCUGAGUUCGCGAUUCCUGCAAUUGACGGAAGGAGAUCGGAUAUGGCCACGGACAAUUCAGUAGAGGUUCCGGACGUUGACGUUGAUUUGCCAUCGUGCGACGGAUGUCGGAAGCGCAAGUUACGAUGUUCUCGGGAAUGGCCGACGUGCGCACACUGCAGGCGACUGGCCUCCGAAUGCACAUACGAGUACCAGAGAAAGAAACCGGGCCUCAAAGGCGGCGCCGUCGAUGCUCUGAGCCGUCGUGUUGAAGCUUUGGAGAAAUUUGUCUUUGAAGCCCCGGAGAGGGUUAGUUCGAUAUCCACAACUAGUGAAGCAUCUGAGCAUCCUGUUCCAAAUGUUGCUGCUAUAUCCAAUAACACCCCCGAUUUGGGUGGGAUUCUAUCCGUGCUAACUCAGGAAAUACGUCACCUCAAUUCCAGCCUGUCUACACCUUCCGCAAGAACAACGCAUUCGGAUACGUCUUCGCCAUCCGUUGUUUAUGAUACUAUUCAACAAGAAGCGCAUACUUUGCAAUCACAACGUCCAAGGAAAAGAGCGCGUGUGAAUGGCCAUAGUUGUCAAAUCCCUUCUGAAGACUACAACAUUAACCCUCAUCCGCUUCUUUCAAGACUCGAUUUCAUUGAACUGUUGUUAGACGCAUACUUUGCAAACGUACAUCCGUGGAUUCCUAUUUUGCACGAAACAAGGUUUCGAAGUAAACUUGCUGACCGAAAGUAUCUUGAUCAAUCCUUGAUUAUUCUCCAUGCGAUUCUUGUAUCCGCCUUGAGGUUAAUUGAGAAGAGCCCCUUGGUCCCGAUUGUCGACAUUCAGGAUGAAGUUAGGAGAUCAAGAGCCUACAUCACGUUCAACGCGAUGAGUGAUUUGACGGUAGAGAAUCUGCAAGCUCUUGUAAUCAUUGCCUUUAUCGACAUUGGUCAAGGCGAAACGACCAAAGCCUGGUCAUCCAUUGGAUCUCUCGCAAGAACCGUUCAAUAUCUCCACCUCAGUGUAGAAGAGACGAAUCUUGUUAAACCUGCUGCGUUACUAUCAAACCUUCCCUCUUUACAACCCCCAUGUGACUGGAUAGAAGAAGAAGAGCGCAGAAGACUUUUUUGGAACGUCUUUGUCCUCGAUAGGUUUUGCUCCAUCACUACUGGAUGGAACGUUAGUCUCACUGCGGAUGAUGUCUGCAGAAGAUUACCCAUCGAUGGGGGCCUUUGGAAAAGAAACCAGUCGGCAGUGACACCGUACCUUGGAAUCUGGGAUCAUUCUGCUGCGAAAAUUGGCCAUACGAUCACUUACCUCCCCUCGAAGUACGAUGAGAUAAAGAGGUUUUCCGAAUCGAAUUCUUUUGACCGGAAUAGUACAACGAAUAGCACAGGAGAUCGUCAAAAUAACGCCGCCGAUUCCUCGGGCAUGUCCAACAUUGGCGCUUUCGCAUACUAUAUAGAGUCGGUUGAGUCACUAAGCCGCAUUAACACCUACUUCAUCCAACAAAAAGUCGAUUUGACAAAUCGACAAGAAGUUUCGAGUUGGCUGACACGGUUCAAGGAGUUGGACCUCCGUCUGGUCCACUGGAAAAUGUUCUUGCCACAACGAUGGAAGAGCCCAAACAAUAAUCCGGCUAGUCAGGUUACAAGCACUGCUAUGGAUCCUAACAUGACCCUAGCACAUAUCACCCAUAACAUGUCGUCCAUUCUACUACAUCAACGAAUCGGAUACCCGAGCGACGAUCUAUUGCAUUUGAAUUUACCUAGUGCAUGCAGUGCGGAUACUUGCUUUGUAGCAGCGACGGAAACUGCUAACAUUACAACCAAGUAUCUAAACUAUGCCCCCGCGAGACUGGUCUUUGCACCACAUUUUGCUGUCUGCAUCUUUGUCAGUGCAAAGGUUCUUCUAUUACAUUCAAUACACUACAAGAUGGAUCUUGCACUAGAAUUUUGGAUACUCAUUGAGGCCUUGGAGGCGAUGAGCUCAAGAUGGAUUGGCCCUGUGAUUCAAGUGGAACCCGACACGAUCCCUUUCGCUCGCUCUUUAGCGAUGCAGUUAAGGCAGCUUCACAGCCUUUGUAUGAAGGACCCAGGAAACCACGCUUUGGCUUCCUUCAAUCAGGUAUCUCCGCGAAUUGGGCAUGAUUAUAGGGCCACAUUAGCGCCAUAUGGCCCAAUGAGACAGUAUCGAGAGGGUGAAAACAAUACUACACAUACCGGUGUCCGAUUAAACCCCAUGGAGCCGAUAGGCCUCGACUACUCAAACUCAUCCCCCAACUUUUCAUUCGGGGUAGAUUCUCAGCAGCAUUCGCCACCGAUCAGGCGCAAUUCCCAGGUUCCUAUCAUGGACACAGCAACGGACGAGCUUUCGCUAAUUUCUCAAGGCUUCAUGGACCAGCAUUUUCUGGAAAUGAACCGCAUUAUCAAUUUUGACGACUUUAUGUUUAAUACUGAAGAUACUGGAUUUUCUGGCAUUAGUAGCAUGUAAAAUC